GUUUGUACUCCUCGGGAUCCUGCAAGGAAUAUUUCCAUAGUCCAUGUCCCUCCAAGGUCAUGACUGGUGUCAGAAUUGAUUUGUUUUCUGCUGCACCGAGCUGCUUCGAGCUGGAAGCCAUCACAGUUGUAUUCGUCAAACAGGCUGGCAAGUAUGUCGGUUAAUGGAUAUGUUCGCAGGUUGGUCCUCCUUGUGCUCUGUAAUGCUAGGCUGACGGUGCGCGGUUUUCAACUCUCACUCGCUCGAGAGCUGCCGCACUUUGCCAGGAUCCUGGCAAGGUCAAAGAGCGAUGACACGAGGAUUUUUUUGAGAGAAAAGAAGAGCGAUAAUGAGCAUAUGGGCGCGUUUCAUCUCGUUAAAUCUUCCAGACGGCUGAUCAAAGUCCGUGCGCUCGCGCGCGAUAUCGGAGGUAGUCAAUACCUGUUUUUGUACGACUUGUCUCUCACUCAUUCGAGAGCUGCCGCACUUUGCCAGGAUCCUAACAAGGUCGAAGAGCGAUGAUGAGCAUAUAGAUGUGUUCCAUCUAUUUAAAUCUUCCAGAUGGUUGUGCAUCAUACGGCAUGUCCUUUUUAAACUUCGCUGCUAGACGAGGACGAACCUUUUUUUGUGCUACUCGUCUCUCUUACUCAUCUGAGAGCUGCCGCACUUUGCCUACUCAUAUCAAUCAUUAGUUCAUUCGUGCGUGAUGCUCACAUGGGUUUCGGUCUUUCCAAGAUGCUAGCAAGCUGAAAAAACCGUACAGCAUGUCCUUUUAAACU